CCAGCGUCGCCCAUAAAUCGCCGGCAGCUAGCCGCGUCGUCCAUGGUUCCCUAGCCAACUAUAGCUGCUAAUAGCUGUAGCUGUACUUGUGUAGCCGAGAGACUCCAUUAUAUUAUAUUGCUCGAUCUCUCCAUCUGAACGUACACACAGUCCAACACACAUGGCCGCCGCCGCCGCCGCCCUGGUGAGCAGCAACAGCCUCCGCGCCCCGGCGGCCUUCUCCGUCGUCGUCCGCGCGGCCUCCCGGCCGGCGCCUGUCGUCGCAGUAGUGACGCCGCUGCCCGCGGCCAAGGCGGCCGCCGCCCGCGGCGCCAGGCUGCGCGCGCAGGCCACCCACAACGUCAAGCUCAUCACGCCGGACGGGGAGGUACAGCUCAAGAUGCCCGGCGACGUCUACAUCCUGGACCAUGCCGAGGAACGAGGGUUGGACCUGCCCUACUCCUGCCGCGCCGGCGCCUGCUCCUCCUGCGUCGGCAAGAUCGUCUCCGGCUCCGUCAACCAGUUCGACCAGAGCUUCCUCGACGACGACCAGGUCGCCGAGGGCUUUGUGCUCACCUGCAUCGCCUACCCCACCUCGGACCUCGUCAUCCAGACGCACAAGGAGGAUGCACUCGUCGAGUCGUACUAGUAUAGUCAGCAAUUAAUGCACCACGUACGCACGCUCUCCUUGCAUUGCAUGCAUGUAAUAAUAAUAAUAACGACGCCGCCAUGUAAUAAUAACUAACUAUACAUGGUCCUCAUGCGUAUGCAUACCAGAUGUAUGAGAGCAGUAUAACAACAUGCCGACUAAA